CCUUUUCAAACGGUAACUUAAUUCAAAUAUAUUAUUAAUUAUUUAUAAAGAAUUAAACAAGAUUUCCGAGCAACAUUAAAUCGAUAAAAAAAAGGGAUAUUACAUAUGUUAGAGUUAUUUUCCUUAUUGGAAUUAUACUGCAAUAAAAAAUAUUUCGAUCGCAUUCUGUUUUAUCAUAUUGUACAAAUUGCGUGUUGUGACUUUCGCUCGGCAAAUAUUUGGAUCGUUGUUUGAAUUAAGCCACAUCUGUUCGCCCGAGCCGCAGGAUCGUCACUUGAUCAUCAUCCUGCCUCGCGAAUCCUGCGAGCAGCGGCGUUAAGCCAGUGUAUUAAGCGCCCCUUCUCUUUCGAGUCCCCUUUCGAUACUCGUGAAAACAGUCGGCCGGGCAGCCUAUGGACGCUCCUCGCGCCUUGCCGGCGAAGAGCGCGGAAAAGGAUUCACCGUCCCGGUAAAUCGAGCCGCCCGGCAGUCGUCCGGAGUGCGCAGCGCGAUAGAACAGAGGUGCGGCACGACGCGGUCGAUGGGCCGACGUUAUAGCGUCUCGCGCGCGCAUGUUCCGUAGGUAGGAGAUCCGGCACCGUAUUUUUCGGAGACCUCUCAGAGCCCGAAUCGUUUGAGCCCGUGUUGCGGAAGCACGACGAAGAUGGCCGCUUGACGACGGAGUCGAGGACCGAGGAUCCUCGCAGCGCGCAUCGAUCGCGCGCGAUCGACCUCGCGUUUAGGUGCCGCGCGCGUCCUUGAAGGGAGUGCCCGAGCGUCGAAGUGGACGUUGACACGUGCAGGCUCUUAAGACCGACGCCGUAGUGUUUGGGAACGUUCUCGGGGUCAUCCUUGGCGACGACGUUGCCCCUGAAACAUUAAUGUUUCGAUGGCUCUCUAGGUGUUCCCGAGGAAAACGACGUUCCUUGUUUAUGUAUCGUUCCUGAUAGAACAGGGGAGGUUUAAUAAGGACACACGAGUUUGACACUAAAGUGACAAUAUUGUAUUCACGGCAUCGUCCUUUACGUGUUAAGCGGAAAAAAAGGAAUUUUGCGUAGAAAUUCAAUCGUCCAUCGUUCACCGUCGCCGGAGCAUUGAAUGGCAACAAGCAGGAAGUGGAAGAGGCGCUUUUUAACGCGCCGACGGACGUAACGGAGAAUCCUCGCCCCGAAGAGCCCGUUACCUUCUCCGAGGAGGAGGUAAGAAAGCGAAGAAGAAGAAGAAGAAGAAGAAGCAGCAGCAGCAGCGACGGUGGUGGCGGCGCGAUCCUGUUGGUUUCCACGAUUUUACCUGGCGCAAUUACGCGGCCAACGACCAAGCCGUGUGAGCAUCGAGAGGCAAAGAGAAUUACGAAACCCAUCACUGCCCGCUGAGCUCUCGCACGUGAAUCACGAGCGUGAAUGUACGCAUGCCAUUAAAUAUACAGAAAUAUAUCGUAACUCGAAGCGCGGAGCGAAAAAGAAGUGUGGUUCCGCGUGGGAAUUCGCGUGAGGGUAUUUUUUUCUCGGUUGUGAAUCCGCACGCGCGCGCGCGCGCGUUUAAUCUGGUGUGCGCGUCCAAAGAAGAAUUUUUCGAAAUGAAUUUCGCGGAGUUAAUUUAGUGUGAAAAGCGGGAAAGUGCGUGCGUGCGUGCGCGCAUGUGUGCGCGUGUACAUCGAGGAAGAUCCGUGUGUGAGAGGAGCUGACGGAAAAGGAGAACAUCGAGGUCGGCGUCGAAGGAAGUGGAGAGGAACGAAUGGGCGCGCGAGAGAUCUCGAUCGAGAUUUCGCAGUUCCAAUUGCGAAUAUAAGAGACAUUGCCGAUUUUUUUUUUUUUUGACGCUGCGAGAAGAAUAGAAAAGUACGAAAUACGGCUUCGUACACGAGAAGGAUAUCGACACGACUUAAUAUCUACACGAUAAACGGAAGUUAUAUACGAAAUUUACUUUGAGCGAAAGUAAUAUCGAACGCGUUGCACAAAUUAACGAAUUAGAAGAAAUUAGCGUUCUGGACGCGCGCAACGAAUCAAUCGACGGAGGACGAAUUUCCGCGAGGACGGCCGGAAGCCGGCGUCGUCACGAUCGGAGAGGACCGACACGAAAGGAUCACAUCCGGAUGAGAGUACUGUCGCCGCGUACGGUGAUAACGUCUUCGAGGCCGCGCCUUAUGCUGGGUGGGACGAAGGAUGGAGCGCAGAGCCGACCGAUAUGGUGCUAGAGAGAUGCGCCAUUCAAGGAGCGAAGACCUGCUGGGCGCGAUAUCCCGGUCGCCCAGCCCGAGCAUCGAUCUGCCGACCACGACGUCCGAGGACGAUCUGAUUGCGGCCAGCGCCUUACGAGACUCGGCCGCCUACGACGAGGCCGUUGCGGGACCGUCGCGACGCAUUCUCACACCGUCCAGAGCGGCGGGGGUCCCUGUCGACCCGGAGGACUCGAUUCGCGACAUCGUCACCGAGAACGAUCUUUACAGGUACGUUCUGUUUAAGCGGCACUACGACAAGUACGUGGAUCUCGCGGAGAAGUACAAAGAGGCGAAGAGCAUCGCUUACUAUCUGGAAGAGCGUUAUCAUGAGAUCAAGGCCGAACGGGACAAAUUGGAGGAGGCUCGCAGGAAUCUGGAGAGACGGCUGGAGGGUUGUGAGACGGAGCUCCGUGGUAAGGAAGACGAGCUCUUCUUACAGCUGGAAAGGAGCCUGCGAUUAGAAGAGGAGAUUGAACGGGCUAAGGCCGAAAGAGACAGCUGCAUGGAGGCGCAGAAUCAAUUGGAGCGACAACGCGAAUCGGCUUUCCGUCGUCUGCAGAUGCAGCUGGAACAGAACGAGAUUACCAGACGCGACCUCGAAAAAGCGCGUCAGGAUGUCAUUCGACAAGCCACCGUCAUUCGCGCCGAAAGAGACACCCUGGAGAGAGAAAACGAAAUAUUACGGCGAAGACUCAGGUUAGAGCAGGAUGAGCUAGGAGCCGAGCGACGCCGUCGGGAGGAAGGCGUCGCGGCGCUCACAAGGGAGACUAUCGCGCUGAAACACGCGACACGCCACUUAACUGCCGCGACGUUUCACGCAACGUCCUGUCGGAAUCGUCGUCGAUGUUCCAUCUGCACGUAUGCCAGACGCACUUUCGCCAAUGUCGACAAUUAUCACGACAGCGGGAAUCUCCUGCAGUGCCUUCAAGCGCCUUUACAAGAUUUCCGCAGCUGGUUGCGACCCGGUGCGACACCGUCAGCUGGCCCGUCUCGAGUUCCGCGCAUCGAGUCAUCCAUAGUCGACCGCGAAAUCUGCUAUAUCGAUGACUCCAGCGUCGACAGCAGCAGCAACGGCAGCACCAACAGUCGCAGCUGCAGCAGCAGCACCAGCAGCAGCAGCAACAGCGCUUACGACGACGAUGCAUAUCCGAGCACUCCGAUAGCCGAACCAUCCCUCUCUUCGGCCACCUCAAGUGUUCCACACGCAGCCAGAGCCUUCUCCUCGGAUUCAGGGUUUUCGUCUGAGAUAGGGGAUCGUAGAUCACGAUGUUUUGACAGCAGUAUUGGCAGCAGCAGCGGCAAGAGCAGAACCAUCAGCGAGUCGUUGGACGGCAACGAAGUCGACGAUCAAGAGGCAGCCGGCAGAGAGGGGCUCUCUCGUUCAAGAUGGACCUCCUCUUUCCGCAGAUUGCUCGGACGAAAGUCGAAGGCUAAGCUCGAUUGUUCCGGAACAAGCAAGACUGACGAAUCACGAUAAAUCGUUUGCAAUUCGAAUUGAGACACAUCCUCCCGUCCUUUUUUUUCUCUUCGAUGGCAAGUUCUUCUGUGAAAAUAAAAUUUAAAUCCUACUUUGGAAUUGAAUUCUUCACGAGCUGAUUGAAUCCUUUGAUCUUCUCGAAAGAAUCUUGUCGAAACUGUUGAGAUUUGCAUGUUAACACUUCGAGGAAGAAAUUGGUGAGAAUUUAGGGAUUUAGGGAAUCCUGGAAUUUCUGGGAAAGUAGCAUAAAUAGCGCAAAUAGCUUAAUUCGAAACUCUUCUAGUUUCUGAGGAUGUAAUCAUUGAUUUUAUCUUUUCUAAAAUUUAAUUAGAAAUUGUACUGAGAUUAACUCGACAACUAGUACAGAUAUCUUAUAAAAAUUAUUAGAAAAGACAGGUAACUUCUUCUAAAACUCAUUAUUUUCUUCUUCUCUUCGUAAUGUCAUUAGCAUUAAGUUGCAUUUUGUCCAGAAUCCAGAAAUCCUAAGUGUAGAUCCCAAGAUUCUUUCUUCACGAUGUAGGAAUUGAAUAUUUCGAAUAAGUUAUAGAAUUACAGUUAUAUAUAUAUACACCAAAUGAAGGCAUUAAAUUAUUAAAAAUGAUCGAUCGAGGGAACUUUUAUAGGUAUUUAAUAGCAAAUUGUAUAGAUGGGUUUCAAGGUUCCGAGUUUUAAUAGUGAUACGAUUUGGAAAAAAUUCUGUUUUGAAUCGGAUUAUAAAUAAAGGAAUAAAGGAAAUAAAGGAAUGUUAUCGUUUGCAUAUCGCGAGAGUCAUCUGUGUUGUGUUGUUACAUUUUAUUGUUAUCACGGCGAUUGUUGUUGUAUUUGCCAAAGAAUACAGUUGUCUGCGAGCGCCAUGUUCGUAUUAAUUGAUUGUCAUUGAACAGAGAUUUUAAAUUUGCAACAAUUUUUUACCGCUCAUGAAUAUUUCGUUGUUUGCUACGAAAGAGCCGGUUUUUAUGCACGUUUAAGUAUAUGUGUGAUGAGAGUGUUUGGACCAAAUUGCUGACAUGGCACAAUCCUGUUAUGAUGUUACGGAAUUGUACUGAAUUUCAAUACGACUAUUAUGGAUAUAAAUAAAUAUAUGUAUAUGAUGCAACA